GGUCUGUCACGUUCACCAAAAGAUCGAUUGAUUAAUAAAGAUCAAAUCCCUUUUUUGGCAAGAUUGAUGAUGAUCAUGGGACCUGGUUCCAGCACCAAAUCGUUUGAUUUAAUGGCGGAAAUCCCACCUGGGUGGCGGUUUAAGCCCACAGAUGAAGAAAUAGUUCAUGAUUACCUAUCCAACAAAGUAUUACUUGAUCCUCUGCCAGAUUUCUGUAUUGAAGAAAUUGAUGCUGAAGACCUACGUGCCAAGCAUCCCAAAUGUUUAGUAAAAACUCCUUAUUCAUAUGGUAAUGAGCUCGGAGGUGUAAGUAAAAAAGGAAAAGAAAAAGAGAGAGAAAAAGAAUGGUACUUAUUUAUUUACGAAGAUGAAUAUUUUGACGGUAAAACAAGAAGAAUCGAAACGGUGGGAAAUGGAGUAAUAGGUGAAUGGAGAUUCGAUGGAGGAGAGGAACAAAUUCGCAACUCAGAGGGAAAUGUAUUUGGGUUCAAGAUUUUCUUGCAGUUUUAUUCAGGAAAUCCUCCAAAAAGAACACCAUGGAGGAUGAUCAAAUAUCGCCUGGAUAUGGAAUUUUGGGACAACAAGAUUAGUGAUCAAGAGGUCGAAAAUUGGAUAUUGGGAAGAAUUAUUAAUGGAAGAGAGUAUAAUGAUACUUUUUAAUCGUUCCACUUUCUUUUUUUUUUUUUUAACAGUAAUGAUAAACAAUCCUUCAGUCGAAGAGAAUAAAAAUAAAGUUAAUAUUGUUGCCACCACCCAAGUCUUUAUCAUUUUGUCACAGCAAACAAAUAUAGUAUAUUACUGUUAUAGCUUUCUAUCAAAGCUAUCCCUCUGUUUUACACUGGUUCAUUCUUUUGUAAUAGAUUUCCAUCCGAUUCAAUUAUUGUAGUAAACAUUG